GCCAUGAAAAAUGCUCAAAAUCAGAAGAAACAAAUGUCAAGCCAUGCAGGACAAGCCGUGGAACGGUGCUCCAGGGGCUCCAGGCACACCAGGACGCGGCGUUGACACUGCAGAGCAGCUCGAGGCAGCGGCCAUGGCUGGGAGCUUCACUCACCUCCUGGUGCUCCUGACCAUCUACCUGUGCGUGGGGAGAGCGGGUGAUGGAAGAGAAGAGGCCACUCAAGAGCUCCUGCACCAGCAUGAGGAGCAGCAGAGGCAGCAGAUGGCUUGGCUGCAGGCAGAGAUGGAGCAGAGAAGCCAGGUGCUGAAUGAGAGGAAGCAGAGGAUGGAACUGAUGUUUCAGAUGAAGCAGAAGAGCCAGAUGUUGGAGGAGAGGGAGCAGAAGAGCCAGAUGUUGGAGGAAAUGGAGCAGAAGAGCCAGAUGUUGGAGGAGAGGGAGCAGAAGAGCCAGAUGUUGGAGGAAAUGGAGCAGAAGAGCCAGAUGUUGGAGGAGAGGGAGCAGAAGAGCCAGAUGUUGGAGGAAAUGGAGCAGAAGAGCCAGAUGCUGAAGGAGAUGGAGCAGAAGAGCCAGAUGCUGAAGGAGAGGGAGCAGAGGAUCCAACUACUGUUUGCAAUGAAGAAGAGGAGGCAGAUGCUGGAGGCUAUGAAGCGCAAGAGCCAGAUGCUGGAGGAGAUGGAGCAGUGGAGCAAGAUGCUGAAGGAGAAGGAGAAGAGGAUCCAACUGACGUUUAAGAUGAAGCAGAGGAGGCAGAUGCUGGAGUGGAUGAAGUGGAGGAGCCACAUGCUGGUGGAGAUGAAGCAGAGGAGCCAGCUACUGCUGGAGAUGGAGCAGAGGAUCCAGCUACUGCUGGAGAUGGAGCAGAGGAUCCAACUGCUCUUCGAGAUGAAGCAGGGGAGCCAGAUGCUGGAGGAGACGGAGCAGAGGAGACAGGAACCACCCACAGUUUCCCAAGAGAGCGUGCUCCCCUCUGCCUACCAGCACUGGUGGCUCUGGCUCCCCGCUGAAAUCCUCCUGGUGCUCUUGGCCUUCUGCUGGCUGUCCAGGCGCAGGAGCUCUGCCUACAACCGCUCCCACACCAGCAAACCUGUGGCAGGGCUCAGGAGCAGAAGCCUGAGGAGGUGGCAGACGACGCCUGGCAGCACAGACUGCAGGGCCCAGCUGUGUCCCAUCAGGGCUUCCCGUCAGCAUCUGGCCUGGACGGACAUGCAGUCCCUGGGGAAGGGUAGCACCAGGCAGGUGGUCCCUGUGGCCCCUGCAUCCAACAAGGCCUUCCCACAAAGAAAUUUUGGAAGGUGCUCCCUCUCCGGAAUAUUUCAAUAUUCAUGUGUAGACCGUAGAUUUUAGCAGUUGAAAUUUUAGAUUUUAGGUUUCUAAAAGUAGAUGACAUUUUAGGUGUUGAGGAAGUUUUAUUUUUAGGUAUAGAGUAUAAGAAUCUUAGUUAAACUAGCAGAUUAGUAAAAUUGUUCAGAAAUAAGAAGUAGUAUUUAGAGAUAGUGCUUUUCAUUUUUAUUAUAAGCUAGAAGAAUGUUAGUAAAGAUAGUCCUAGAGUAGAAGUAAAAUGGUUCAAAUAAUAGUAGUAAAAUAGUUCCUAGACCAUUAGUAGAAUCGUUCAUAAGUUAGAAGUAGAAUUAAAAGAUAU